UUGAAAAGUGAACGCCGAGCUAAACAAGUUGCAAUGUGAAGGACCCUGAAAGGACAAGUGCGAACCAAGGAACAGGACUUGUCAACGACUGGCAGGAGCAGCUGCCACUGAACAGCGAUUGACAGGGCAAAAACAAAGCCCAACUGGCUGAGAAGAGGACUUCCCGCUCGAGUGGCACGAGCAGCAAAAGUUUAACGUACUUUUUCCGUUCCAUGGCCUCCGGAAAACUGCAGCAACAACGGGGCGCAAUGUGCUGUUGGCCAACUACCGCAGUCGAAGAAGAAUAGAAAAUCACUCGAAAGCCGUUCGCCAAAAAAUAGUAAAAAAACGUAGUAAGGACGAAAAAACAGAGCAACCACUGCGGUGCAGCAUAUGUGCUUUUUUCGCUGUGCUCAGUUUCUGUGAUGCCACAAGGACACAAGGACACUUCAAGUGACAGCAACAUACGCGAGUUUUCCGUUCGUGGCGAGCCUUUCAUUUCCAUCUAAGACGCAGCAGUAUGCGCAAGCACAAAGCGCCGCCCAGCGGCAGUCCAAGGACAAUGCCCCAGGACGUUUCGCAAUCGGGGGAAGCCCCCGCAGCAGCAGCAGGAGCAGCAGAAGGAGGAGCAACAGCAGCAGUGGAAACCCCACAGCAGAGCCUGCUUUUGGGUCACAAUCCACCGGAUGCAGCAGCAGCAGCAGCAUCGGUAGCUAGUCGCCUGGCCCCGCCCCCCUGUCAACCCAGCAUUAUAAACAGCAAGGAGCGACCCACUCGCCCCACAGUCCGCUUCAUAUCCCUGCUGCACGUGGCCAGCUACGUGCUCUGCCUGUGCGCCUUCAGCUUCGCCCUGUACGGCAAUGUGCGGCAGACGCGGCUGGAGCAGCGGAUGCAGCGCCUCCAGCAGCUAGAUGCCCGCAUCGUGGAGCUGGAGCUGCGACUGGAGCAGCAGCAGCUGGUCCACUGGCCCGCCGACCAGACGCAGAUCCUGGCCAGCAAUCCCAGCGACACGGAGAGCGGCAGCGGCCAAAAUAAUGCCACCAAUCAGCACUUGGCCCUGCACGUGAGGCGGGAACUGCAUCGCCUGCGACGCGAUGUCUCCCAUCUGCAGCUCACGAGGCGCCAGCAGCGACGUCAGGCGGCCGAGGCGGCGGCAGCAGCGGCCAGCGGAGAAGGCGGAUCCGGCGGCGGACAGUGCCAGUGUCAAGCAGGUCCUCCAGGUCCGCCCGGUCCGCAGGGAAAACGAGGGAAGCGCGGCAAGAAGGGAGACGGCGGCGAGAAGGGCGAUCCGGGCCUGAAUGGCAUCAGUGGGGAGAAGGGUGCGGCGGGCAAGCCCGGGGACAAGGGCUCGAAGGGCGAUGUGGGCCACCCCGGCAUGGAUGUCUUCCAAACGGUGAAGGGUCUGAAGAGAUCGGUGACAACGCUGCAUGGCGGCACGCUGGGCUAUGCGGAGAUAGUUGCUGUUAAGGACUUGCAAGAAGCAGGCGUCAAUGUGUCCGCUUCCACAGUCAUACAGCUGAAGGGAGAGCCCGGCGAGCCGGGUCCGCCAGGACCUCCGGGCGAAGCGGGCCAGCCUGGGGUGCCCGGGGAGCGGGGACCACCGGGCGAAACCGGAGCACAGGGCGUGCAGGGCGAGGCCGGACAGCCAGGAAUCGCAGGACCGCCCGGCGUGGCCGGCGCACCUGGCACGAAGGGCGACAAGGGCGAUCGAGGCGAUCGCGGACUAACCACAACCAUCAAGGGUGACGAGUUCCCCACGGGCAUCAUCGAGGGUCCGCCGGGACCGGCGGGACCACCUGGUCCGCCUGGAGAGCCGGGAGUUCGAGGAGAAGCGGGACCCAUCGGACCGGCAGGACCGCCCGGCGAGAAAGGACCGCGCGGCAAACGCGGCAAGCGGAUAUUCGGACCCGGAGGCACCAAGAUAGACGAGGACUACGACGAUCCGCCGGUCACACUGCUGCGAGGUCCUCCAGGACCGCCGGGCACCUCGGGCAAGGAUGGACGCGACGGGCGGGAUGGCAGCAAGGGAGAGCCGGGUGAGCCGGGAGAACCCGGUUCGUUGGGUCCACGUGGAUUGGAUGGCCUGCCCGGUGAGCCGGGCAUCGAGGGACCACCUGGCCUGCCGGGCUAUCAGGGUCCGCCGGGCGAGAAGGGCGAUCGGGGCGAUAUUGGUCCGCCUGGAUUGAUGGGUCCUCCGGGGCUGCCAGGACCUCCCGGCUAUCCUGGCGUCAAGGGAGACAAGGGCGAUCGCGGUGAUUCGUACCGCAAGAUGCGUCGUCGUCAGGAUGACGGGAUGUCCGAUGCUCCGCACAUGCCCACCAUCGAAUAUUUAUACGGCCCGCCAGGACCUCCGGGACCCAUGGGUCCACCGGGACACACCGGCAGUCAGGGGGAACGCGGCAUGGACGGACGCAAGGGGGAUUCGGGCGAGAAGGGCCACAAGGGAGACCAGGGACCCAUGGGACUGCCGGGUCCGAUGGGCAUGAGAGGCGAGUCAGGACCUUCGGGACCCUCGGGAAAGGCUGGCAUACCGGGUCCUCCGGGCUUGGAUGGCAUGAAGGGCGCCCAGGGCGAGACGGGUCACAAGGGGGAGCGCGGAGAUCCUGGCCUGCCGGGCACGGAUGGCAUUCCCGGGCAGGAGGGGCCACGCGGGGAGCAGGGCUCCAGAGGGGAUGCCGGACCGCCCGGCAAGCGGGGACGCAAAGGAGAUCGCGGCGACAAGGGUGAGCAGGGUGUGCCCGGACUGGACGCCCCCUGCCCCCUCGGCGCCGACGGGCUGCCGCUGCCCGGCUGCGGAUGGCGGCCGCCAAAGGAGCCAAUCAUCUCGACGCCCGUGCACAAGGAUUAUUUGCCCGAUGUAACGCAGCCGGAAAGCAACGCCAGCGAUUACGAGCAGGAGGAGGAGGAGGAGGACGAGCAGGCGGAGGAUAAUGAAAACGAAUAUGAUGAAUAUCAGGAUAAUUUGCAUAACAAUGAGUGAAAAGGAAGCAGUCAGCCAGCCCAGCGAAAUGGCAAAUGGCAAACACAGGCGCAUAAAGGCGAACCGACCCUAAGAACCAACCUCCUUCCUACCUCCCACCACCACCAGCACCACCAUCACCACCACCCACCAGCAAGGACACCUACACAGGCUACACGCACACAGACGCAGACGACUAGUUAAGCAUUUCCGAUUUCCGCUGCGAAUCCUGGCUCUGUUUCGCUCUGUUGACAUUUGCAAUUAGCGCUAACAAAUGCCAAGUGGCUGCUGCUCCUAACGGUUCUGCAAAGUAGAUGCUAUUAGCAUACUCUAUCUCUGUCUUUAACCCUGCUCCUCACUCUCUCUGUCUCUCUCUCGCACUCGCACUUACGCACACAAACACAAUUAUCCUUUGGCUAACACACACACACACUGGCUUAGCUUGGUGACGGGUCCUGGCGCUCCACAUCUCUCGCAGCUUCUCUUGAACUCUCUCAUCCAACUCCGGCCGUUUCCGGCUGAACUUCUGUCUCGCCCCUCGCAGGAAAACUGGCAGGCCUGGCUCAAGGACGAGCUUAAUGCACUGCAGCAUCCGCGCUCAAAAAACUAAUUGCCAACGCCACCGCCCCCUCGACGGCUGCAGCGAAGGCGUGGCCCCGCAAUAUCCAGACGAAUCUAAGCGCUUUGGUUUUAAUUUUAGUAACUUGUUAUUGUUAAAUGUAGACAUCGGACAGAGCUAUAGCUACUACAUCCAUCGCAUAGAAAACAUCCUAUCAUAAACACUGUAUAAUCUGAAUCUGCAUCUGUGCCAAAUUGCUCCAGGUUGCCUAGGACAACGCAGCCUUUAAUUAUAGUUAUACUUUACCUACUAUUAUAUAAAUUGUAUCUACUGCAGCUACUUCUACAGCUAUUUCAAAUACCUUAAGCAACCAAGGAACCCAGCUAUUUUUUACAAGAAGACCCUAUUUAAAAACAAAACUUAAAAAAUAAAAGUCAACAAAAUAUAAGAA